AGAGGCUUUCUUGUCGCGUCUGAAGCCAUCAAUCAAAUGACUCUUUCGUUACCUCUUCACACUUCUGAGCCCUCGGUAUCCAUUCAGCCUUGUUACAGCUUUUGAUCAUCAGUCCUGCUUCAAAUAGUUUCUGAAAGCCAGCCCUUGGCUCCCGAGCUUGACUGUUUCAGACCGAAAGAAGAUAGAUGCGGGAUAAACUACAAGUCCGACAGUAUGUCAUCAUUUAGCAAGCCAUCACCGGAACAUGACCCUGUCAAGCCGAACCCCAAGCAAGUCGCACAAACUGUCAGCAGAAGCGAGAAGACCUGGUACGCACAUAUCGCGGCCACGAUAGAACGAGAGGAACUACCCCAGACUUGCUUUGAGCCUGCUGCCCUCUUGGGGAAGGUACCGGCGGUACCCAAUGGCUCAUUCCCCGAGCGCGUUGGGCGCUUGAAGAAGAGUGUCUUGGACGGACAACUCGUUGGAGUUGGCCAUUCCAACUGGGAAAUUACGGGACGGACAGACUGUGGCUUAGGCGGCCGUGAAAGAAAAACCGGGGAUUGUCCCAUUGUUCUUGGUGUUAGGGAAAGCACACCCAUCAGGUUUCACGCAAAUCCGGACCGGCCCCGAAGGGGGGUCAUUUCGGCUAUCACAGCAGGCCUGGGAUACAUCCUCUCCAAGCGACUGGUCGAGUUGCAGAGCCAUAAUAAUGACGAUAUUUCCUCGCCUCCUAGUCAUGUCUACUACACGAACAAAGUUGCGGCGGUGUGCCUCGAGGGGUCACCGCAACCUGCUACUCUUUGCCCUAGCGUUUUCAUCGGUGAUGUCGACGAUGAGGCAUGCAGAUGGUGGCAAGCACUAUUGGCGACAGGCCAGGGCUGGAAGGCUGAGAUUGCCGCUGAUAACGGAGGGGCUUUCCUACCACCAUGGGCCAUCCAAAUCAAAGAUAAGUUUAUAUGUCAGGUCAAGUGCGAUCGAGGUACCUCCAAUAAAUCUGAACUUUCGCCGCCAUCCUCGCUCCGCGCCAUGAUGUUCCUCCGCAAUUUCUGUGAGCUUCAUAAUGCGACAACCGAAUUCUCCAUCGCUCUGGUAACUGCACUGAUGCUGCCUGUUCAUAACUUCUAUGGGGUUCCGGCCAAUCUCCAAUGGCAGAUUCUCGAUGAUGGCUGCUGUCCCAGGGUUAGUCCUCGCGAUAACCAGCUAGAGAUGUUCUGGAGCAAUAUUCAACGUUACCUUUCCCUCUGCGGUCAUCCCCGAGGGGUCAUGUCCAACCUAUGCGGAGGAUUCUGGGAACCAGAUAUCCCCUGCAACCUUGUACAUGCCUGGUUUUAUCCCCCUUUCGAACACCUGCCCACGGUUGAGGGGAUCUCUGGCUCCACGCAACGCCAUCAUGAAGCUCUUCUUAGAGUGUGCGUGUGUCGCCGACCGAAGCUGGCCCCUCUCUUUCUAGGGGCUAACAUGAGUGGAGUAAUGUCACUCGUUCUCCGUUUUGUAAAAAGCGGAAUCCCUGUCCUUGACUUGGAUGCUGCUGGCUGGGCAGGGUGUGAACAAGGCUUCAUUCAAAACAGUGGGCAACAAACACAUGUUCAAUCCAACAGCAUGUCACGAGCAGAUAUUUGGCGCCUUCUUUACAUCACUGAGGAAUACCCGAGUCCUCCUCUCACGCCAUGGAAGCCAUUUGGUGAAAUGGCGCUUCAGGACAUACCGCUACAAGCCUCUACGCAUCAAGGAUGCUGUGACCAUUAUCUAAUGUACCAACUAUGGCGUUGGGAACUUGUUGAUGGCUCUUUCCUUGAAGACGAAGGUCUACAUCAGGACGAUCUAAAAGUGUCUUCUAUUGUCCAUGGAGAAUAUUGCCCUACAUCUAUCCCAUUGAGACUGCCCUUCAUACAAGACACAGCCUCGGAAAAUGCCACGAGGAAUGCAUUCCAAUGGGUCACUGUCAAUGGGGAUGGAUUUUCACCAAGAGAGCGUGAGAUAUAUAAACAUGAAUGGGUGGGCGUUGGAGACGAUUUUUCCGACUACUCCACUGCUGAUGAUUCUGAGUCUGGCGAUGAUGAACGCACCAAGUCCAUACCAUCUUCACUCCAGGCCACUCGUGACUGGCUCAUGCAGUUGUAGCCUCAUCUCUUUCAUCCCUCUCUUCCCACCCGUAGUAUCCGUCAGGUCCUCCCUCGUCCGGGCCAUCACCCGGCGCACAUGUCUCACUUUCUUUACAUAUGACAUGCCGUUUGUGUGCUUGGGAUUGUGAUUUCUAUCGGUUCAGCGUUUUGCAGAAUUGUACCUACCAUAGCUGUGCUCGGCGUUCUCUUAUUCUGUCCCCCCAAACCAGCUUAUACAUAUGGCGGAAAUGAUCGGGGAUCUGGGGCCCCGCAAUUGUGGGGCCGAAACCAGGAUGUCGCACAUGGGCAGCACCGGACUGUAGACUACACAGCCACCGCGUCAGCUGAAGAUUCCUCCU